AUGCAGUACAGUUGCUCCUCUAGAAACUACCUACCUAGGAUUCGUGGAGACCAAUGCAACAUUCCAGUUGUCUCUGCUGUGCCAAGGGAGGCAGAGUGCCAGAAUGGUAUCUAUUUACCAAGUUCCUUCCAAGGUAGUUCUUGGCUCCUAGAUCAUUGUCGAGAAACCUGCUGUGAGCCUACAAGCUGUCAGCCAAGUUGCUAUCCAACUAUUACCUGCAACUCUGGUACCAGCCAAGUAGUUUCCUGCCAACAAGCACCACCUUGUUCCAGGCCCUUCCAGGUUUCCAUCACUCGACCAUCCACCUUUGUCUCCAGUAGCUGCCGACCAUGUGGUGGUGUCCCCAGUGUCUUCCAGCCAACCUGCAGCAUCACCAGGACAUAUGAACGACCUUGUGUAUCCAACUGUCGCCCAACUUGCUGA